UGGUAAAUGUGUUGUCUGGCUUCAUUUUGGGCGGUGGAAGCACAACAACAAGCAUCUAAAGCUGACCACAUACAAUCCUGAGGGUGCAGUGGACUUUGAGCGUUCAAAGCUCUGUCUGUGCCUCCCAGUCCUCUGACAAGAGUUCAACUGACGGUAUAAAACGUUCAAGCUCAGGCUGAGACAUCAGUCUCAUCUGAGUACUCGCCAACCUCGAGGGAGAGAGCUUCAAGGAUCCCAUCAUGGGGGACUCAAAGCUCUGCCUUUUGCUGCUCCUCAGCACAUCUGCCUUGGCUUUUGCCCAAGGUGAAGGACAUCCAACCUGUUUACUGGCCCAAAGGUACAAAACCCUGCACAAAUAUCAAUACCAGUAUGAGGCUGAAUCUCUGAAUGCUAUCAACGGAGCUUCACACCUCAAGAAUGGACCAAAGGCCUCCUGCAAGGUUGAAAUCGAGGUGCCACAGACUUGUAGCUUCAUCGUCCGCACCACCGGCUGCAUGCUGAGUGAGGUGGUGGACGUGGACGCAGAGGGCAACCCUGUGUUCCGUCCUGCUUCCUCCUCUGACACCUUUGCUGCUGAAAUGGAGAAACAUCCUCUGAAGGUUGUGGUUGAAGGUGAGUACGAUGUCAAACUGUACCCUGAGGAUGGAGAGACAACAACUAUCCUGAACUUCAAGAGGGGUAUCAUCUCUGCCCUGGCUGUGCCUCUCCUGGAGGAAGAAAAGAACAAGCAUAUGCCCACCAUCCACGGCAAGUGCAAAACCCAAUACAGCAUUAACACCAGAGAGGACAUUGCAACUGACAUCACCCUGAACAGGGAUCUGUCCAGAUGUGAUCAAUUUGUGCCAAUGAGAGAUCACAACAGCCCCCUGGCAAUUAUCAGUGGCAUGCACUACCCUCUUGCUCAGCUGAUCAGAAGCUCCCAAACCUGCAAUUACAAAUUUGACAAUGAGAAAAAGCACAUGACCUCUGGAUCCUGUACUGAGAACCACAUCCUCAUCCCCUUCUCACACAAAGGAAAAUAUGGAGUUACCAAUGUUGGAAAGCAGGAGAUUUCUCUGAUUGACGUUUCUGCCUACAAUGACAGAGUCUUUGAGCACAGUGACAUCGUUAAGGAGCUUCACAUGGAAACUGUUGAAGACAAGAGUGCCAUCCAGGAUAAAGAAGCAGCUCUGAAUCUUAUAAGAGAACUGGCUGGGCCUGAGAUUGAGGGUGAGAAGAGGGCCCACCUCUUCCAAUCAAUUGUCUCCAUGGUCCGUGGAAUGAAGACUGAAACUCUGAGAGAUGCCCUCCCUGAGGCUAUUGGAGUUUCCCGCUUCCUGACCUACCAGAUUCUGGCCCAGUGCGGAACCCCAGAGUGCAGCAGUGCUAUCAUGCAGGUCCUCAGGACCUUCGACACCACCUCCCUGGAAGUUGACGCCACUAUUUUUGCUCUGGGACUGAUGUCCAACCCUUCUGGCCUCUUAAUCCAUGAUAUGCUCGAGAUGGCCAAAUACAAACACAGCAAGCCCAUCAUGUAUGCGCUGAGCAAUGUUGUUAAGAGGUUUUACAAAGCUGAGGGAAAACUGAUUCCUGAGAUUCAUUCUGUUGCUGAGUUUAUGGCUGCUGAGUUGGGCGACUGUACUGGAGACCAGGACCAGACUUUCAUGACACUGAGGGUGAUUGGAAACAUGGCUCCAGCUGUGAUUCCAGCUGGUCCUGCACUCAAACAAGCUGUGAUCCAGUGUGUGAAGCAAACUGCAGCUACCCACAGUGUGCAGGAAGCUGCUAUCCAAGUUUUCAGGCAGAUUCCAGUUCCUCAUGAGGACAGAGAGGUGUUCAUGCAUGUGAUUUUGGACAAGGGUGAGCCUGUGCAAGAGCGCAUUGCUGCAUAUCUGGUUCUUAUGAAGGACCCUCAGCCAAGUGAGCUCACCCAGCUGGUUCACACUUUGCCCAGUGAUGAAGACCAACAAGUCAAGAGCUUUUUCAUCUCUCACAUCACCAACAUUUUGUCCUCAACUGACCAUGAAACCCAAGAACUGAGACAGAAGAUCCAUGAGGCACUGCAGGGUAAUGAGAUUGGCACUAUUAUGGACCCCAUCAGGUAUUCUCGCAACUACAAGAUUGGCUCCUUGGAGGGCAACAUGAUCUUUGAGGAUGCCAGCUACUUGCCCAAGGAGGUCAUGCUUGACAUGACUCUAAAGGCUUUUGGCUUUGAGAUUGACAUGAUGGAGUUCGGUAUGGAAGGCAAAGGAUUUGAGCCAACUGUUGAUGCCCUGUUUGGAGAGGACGGAUUCUUUCCCGACACUGCCCUGAAGACAAUGUACUUUGUCUCUGACAACAUGCCAGACUCAGUCAGUGAGAUCCUGCACAACAUCAUGCCUGCUCUGAACAGGAACAGGAUGAGGAGAGAGGUCUCCCAGAACCUGAUAAAGGAGAUUGGACAAAACCUCCACAAACUAGUGACAGACCUGAAGGCUGCAGAGUCUCCAGAGGCAAUGGUUUAUGUGAGACUCCUGGGAAAUGAGCUGGGAUAUCUGAGGACCAAUGACAUUGAGGAGUUGACCUACUCUGCCGGCAUGAUGAUUGACAGCAUGUUGAAGAUGUUCCCACAUGAUGUAAUGAAGGCCAUUUUAACCAGGCAUGACAGCUCAAUCUUUGCCCAUUACAUCUUCAUGGAUAAUGAGUUCUUCCUGCCUACUGUCACUGGUGUGCCUCUGAAAAUUGCACUGUCUGGUACUUUUGCUCCUGGUUUCAAAGGCGGACUUGACAUUUCUCGUGACAUGAGCACAGUGGCCUUUAUGCCAUCUGCUGGCAUUGAGUUUGUCACUCAGAUUGGCUCCCACAUCCCUGAAUAUGUCAACUCUGGUUUGGAGAUGCACACCAACAUUUUCCAUGAGAGUGGAGUCACUGCCAAGAUCUCCAUGGCACGUGACCAUGUGAAGCUGACCAUUCCUUCUCCAACAAAACCUACCAAGCUUAUCAAAAUGACGAACACCCUGGUGGCAGUGGUUGGAUCAGAAGUGAAGACUAUCACUCCUCUGGUGAUGGACAAGGUUGAUGUUGAUGAGUGCACCCCAGUCUUUGCUGGAAUGAAAUACUGCACUGCUCUGCAGUACAUCGACGCUUUCUCUGAUGAAACUGCUCCUUACUUCCCCUUCACCGGAGACAGCAAAUUUGCUGUGGAGCUCCACCCUACUGGUGAAGUCACUGAGUACACAGCCACUGUUGCCUACGAGCUCCUCAAGGAGGGAGAAGAGGCCCGGCAGAAGGUUGACAGUCUGAAGUUUAUUCUGCGAGCUGAAGGUGCAGAGCCCACUGAAGCUACAGCAGUCAUGAAAUACAACAGAAGGAAGAAUGUGAUCUCAGCAGACAUCCACAUCCCUGACUAUGACGUGGAGGCUGGGCUCAGGCUGGGCGUUGGAAACACCAAGAGCAAAGGAACUCACUCCAUCUCUCUUGACUUUAUAAACAAGAACAUCCUACAGCUCUCCCUGGUUGGUCGUGCCAAUCUGAAGGCCAUGAAGGAAGGUAUGCUAGAAGUCCAGCUUCUGGUGCCCUCAAUCAAUGCUGAUGCCACCGUCACAGCCAAACUGAAACGAGAUGAAGAACUGGAGCUGGAACUUGAGAGUGAAAUCAAGCUCAUGGAUGCCAUCUCUGAGCAGAAAAUUGAAAUUAAAUAUGAUGGCAGCAAGAUUGAGGCUGAAAUCCAGACUGAUAUGAACACAAAGACCGCCUCCCUGCCAAAUGGCAAAUUUAUUGAAGAGUAUGGCAAUGAGAUUCUUGACAUGCAGGUGGGGCAGACCGACAUGAAAGUCCGUCACAUCUUCAGGAAGUUUGUGGAGGCCGGAAACAACUACAUGGAAAAGUAUGGUGCUCAAAUGUUCCCUUACAUGCAGAACUUCAGACUGCCCGAUAUCCCUGACAUGUCCAUGCCAGAGAAACUAUUCCUGAACACUGAUUCAAAGGCUGUCUACUACUUUAACAAUGAGUACUUCACAAUUAACAUCCCCCUGCCUCUUGGAGGAAAGUCAACAGAUGAGCUUAACUUCCCACCAGUUCUGACCACUCCCAGUUUUUCUCUUCCCAAGUUUGGGCUGGAAAUUGUCUCCAUGGAGAUCCCCAUCCCAGAGCUGGUUGUUCCAGAGAGCCUCACGCUGUCAAUUCCUUUCUUUGGCAAAGCUGAGUUUUCAACAAUGAUGACAAGCAACCUCUAUGAUUUGGAGGCCUCAGUGGCUGCUGGCAAGGAUGUUGUGGAGCCACCAAGCUACUCAGCUAGGUUUGAUGUGAAAGGAACUUCUCCAAUUGAUAUCCUCUCAGUAGCAGUUGAAGGCUCUGGACUGGUUGCCACCACUGAUUCUAUCAAGGCCCAUGUGAAAGGUUCUUUGAGCCAUAAAUUCAUUGAAGCCAGUAUUAGUAUUGAAGAGGAUGCUGCCAUCACAGAUAAGGUUAAUGUGAAAUCUAUCAGCAACAUAGAAGCCAGAAGUCCAUUUGGUUUUGACAUUAAAGUAGAGCACACUGGUAUGGCUGGAGCCAGUACUGAUGAAAUUACUGCUGACAACAAGUUUGAGGGAAUGUUCAAGGCUGGACCAAUGUAUAGCAAGACAAUUUCAACCCAGUCAUUUAACAUCUUCCCCUUCAGGCCAGAAGCAAAGAUUGAGUCUAGUGUUCAGUUUGACUCUACUUUUGUAAAAGCCCAGAACACAAUUGCAGCCACCCUUGCCAAAGGCGAGUUCUUAUUUGAGUCUAACACCAAGGCCUUUGAAGAUCUCUUUACCCAUGUUGCCAAGCUUUCUUUUAAAGACAACAAGCUUUCUAUGAAAUGUGAAGCAAGUGCCCUUGCUCUUGGCAUGAAGAUCCACAACCAGGCUGAAGCUGCUGUUGGUGCUGGUGAGAUUGUCAUCAGGAUUGAGACAAAUGGAGACCACUCUGAAAACCGUGUUUACUCCCUCACGACUGCCUCUCUUGAUGUUAAUGGUCUGAAUGUUAACUGUGAUGCCAAUGUGAAGCUUCUUGAGAAUGAGGCAAUGCACAAGACCACCCUGAAAAUGAACAAGGAUGGUUUGACCACAAGUGGAACAACUACCAUCCAAAGCCCCCUGUCCUUUGAAAACACUUUUAAUGCUGGACUUGACACCACAAAGGGGACUCUGUCCAUUAUCAACAAGGCUGCAAUGUUUGACAUGAAGUUUGAUAAUACCAACACUAUGGCCAUAACUCUAUCUAGCUUUGACUUCAACUCAAAGGCUGAAGUCACUGCAAGUGAGUAUGCCUCUUACACCCAGGACAUCACCUUUGACCUAAAGCCCUACACUGCUUCUGCAAAUGUGAACAACCACCUCAAAUUUCUGGUUGCCAACUUCAUUAAUGAGGCACAGCUACAGGCAGAGCUUUACAAGAUGGACAUAACUGGAAGCAUGAAGGCCAUGUUUGGCGAGGAAGAGAUCAAGCACACCUACCAGAUCAAUUAUGCUGAUUUGACUGCCAGUGCAAAGUGUAGUACCACUGGAAAACUCCUUGGCACUCAGAUGAACCACAACACUGAACUUGAAAUUAUUGGCCUUGCUGCCAGAUUCAACAAUAAUGCCCGCUUUAACUCCCAACCAAUGCGCUUUGACCACACCAUUCGUUGCAGCAUUGUUCCUUUUGAUUUCAACCUUGAUGCUAUCUUCAAUGCCGAUGGAGACAUGACCUUGUACGGAAAGCACAGUGCCCAGCUCUAUGGCAAGUUUCUACUCAGAGCACAACCCCUGGUUUUUGCCAGCUCACAUGAAUGCAGAGCAUCCGUGACCCAACAGCUAGAUAACGGCUUUUCUCUUGAAACCACAUAUGACAACAAAAUGGAUACCGUUAUGUCCCUACAGGAGCAGAAGACCAGAUUCAGAAUAAAGUCUAAAAUGAAUGAGCAUGCCUUCAGUCAGAACUUUGAAGUUUAUAACACUCCUGAGACAAUUGGAGUUGAGGUCUCUAGCACCAUCCUCACAAAUAUAAUCAACACAGCCUCUAAAGAUAACCAGGAGUUGAGCAUUUCUGGCUUCUUCAAGUAUGACAAGAACACAGAAAGUCAUACAAUUCAGUUCCCUCUGAUUGAAAGUCUACCUGUCUUUUUGGAAGGCAUCAAAGAAAUUGUUGUGCAUGUGGCAGAGGCUUUGCAUGGCUUCAUCAACUAUGAGGGCUUAAGGGAUGCUAUUGAGAAUUUCCCCGACCAAGUCAGUGACUUUGCAGCUCGUAUGGAUUUCGAAGACAAAGUAUUUAAACUGAAGCAGUAUUUUAGUGACCUCCCCCAAACUAUUGUCAUCUCCAUAGAAGAUGUGGAGGUUUCUUUGGGAAAUCUUAAGACUGCUAUUGAGAAACUACCGGCUGAUCUCUAUGUUUACAUUCAAUACUAUUCUGUUUUGAUCAUGGACUUUAUUAAUAACAACAAGUUCCUUGAAAACGUCAUCCAGAAAACUCAGGAAGGUCUGAAGACAAUUAUUGAGAGUAAUGACAUCAAGGCUGCAAUUGUGUAUGUGAUUGAUACCAUCAGAGAGAUGAUCAAUAACAUUGACCUGGAAAAACUAAGAGGCAGCAGCAUAGCAUUCCUGGAAGACAUUGAGGACAAGUAUGAAAUCAAGGCUGCUCUACAGUCUAUCAUGAUUGAGGUUAAACAUUCAGUUGAGAGAUUUGAUUUGGUUAAAUUUAUUUCUGAUCUGAAACGUUUCAUUACAACCAUAAAUAAAAUUCUCAUUAGGGAAUAUGUGGCUAUCCCUCUCGAACAGUUUUCCUAUAAAAUCACAUAUUUCACCAAAAAAAUUAUUCAGGACUUUGACAUUGCUGGUAAGAUCAGCACAUUCUUUGCCAAGAUGAGAGAGUUGUUUGUACAUUUUGAGGUUGACCAAAAGCUACAGACUGUUUUGGAAAAAGUUGUGGACCUCAUUAAACAAUUCAAGAUUGAAGAUAGCAUGAAGGCUGUUGUCCAAAUGGUGAAGAAUUUAGACAUCCCUACCAAAUUCCAGGAUGCCAUCACUUACUUGAAAACAACAGACGUUAAGGAUAUCAUCGACCAUCUCAGCGUGUAUAUUGAAACUAUCGUGCAAAAGCUGAAGUCUCUGGAUUACAAUGACUUUGUGGAUCAUGCCAAUCAAGUUAUUGCUGAAUACACAACUCAAGUGAAUGAGAUGAUCAGGACUCUUGAAAUUCCCCAUAAGCUUGAGGCAACACGAGAAUUCAUCAACACAAUCAUAACCUCUAUUCAUGGCAUUGUAGAAGGCCUGAGAGAAUUGAAAGUUGCAGAAAUUAUUAAAAAAGCAGAGGAUUUCUUUGAACAGUUUGUGUGUGAUCCCCUUAAGAUCUCUGCUAAAUACAUUAAGGAUGACAUCAUAAAUCUGGAUUUCACAGCUGAAAUCUCUUCUUUUAUACAAUUUGUGGGCAAAAACUACAGAGAGGCCAUGAAAGACAUCAUCCAAAUGUUCAGCUUUUUUGUUCAUAUAGUCAAGGAUGUGUUACCUGACCAGAAAAUCAUCAGUGAGAUUCAGCAGAUCCUCGAUGGGCUCCUUACUGAACUGAUGCAAGCUGAGAUCAGCACGCCCUCCUUCACUCUUCCUCUUACGGAUCUUGUUGUGCCUUCCAUGAAAUUCAAAAUGGAUUCAUGGAACCAGUUUGUACUGCCAACACAACUUGACAUCCCUGAGUUUACCAUCAUGGGUGUCUACACCAUGAAAGCAACCACACUUUCCUAUGAUAGCAUCAAGCAGAAAAUCAUUGAACUCAUUGAUUUCAUUGUAAACUUUAAGAUCAGCAUGUUUGAUGCAGAUGCCAUCUUUGGAGACCUGACUUUGAACUAUUUCCCUGCCCUGCCUGAGAUCACCUUGCCAGAGAUCACGCUUCCUGAGCUUACAUUCCCUACCAUCCCUCAAGUUCCUGUAGAAAAGCUUGUUAAGUCUCUUAGGGUUCCUAAGAUCAAGCUGCCCACCAUUCCAGCUGAGAUCAUGGUCCCAGGCUUUGGUAGACUCCGUGGCGAGAUCAAAUUCCACUCUCCCAUCUUUACAGUCAAGACAAAUGUAGAGUUCCAGAACUCCACAGAGACUCAAAUGACACCUCUGUUCACAGGAUUCUUCACUUCCCAAGGCACAUCUCCAAGCUGGGAAAUCCUCAAUUACAACCUUGACACCACUACUCGCAUUUCAAUGCCCAAAAUGAAGCGCAUUGUUCUUGCAGAGACUGUCAAGUUUACCCAUGCUGCUCUUGGAGCUGAACACCAGGGAUCUGUCACGCUCUAUGGCAAAUCUGCUCAGGCGCAAGUAAAGACCACAAUUAAGGUUUCUACCACACCUUACACUGCUGACUUUAGUAACACAGCCUUUAUUGGUGUGGAAGGAGGAAUGACAGGCACUGUUGAUACAUCUUACUCUCAUGUAAUGAACAUUCCAAUUGCUAAUGUCAGAAAUGAGGUCACCGUAACCCAGAAAUCAAUUGUUCGCCAAGAAGGCUUCGCCUUUACUUUGUCAGCUGAUCAUACAGGCACAGGGAAGUUUAAUGGUCAUGAUGGCAACCACAACAGCAAGUUCCUUAUCUCAUGCAGCCCCAGCAUUGUCAGUCUUACAUUUUCUGGCGACACAGAAUCUGAAAUUUUCAAGAUGAAACAGCAGGUUACAGCUGAAAUUGGCACCUUUAGCCUUAAAUUCAAUAUCCGCAAUGAAGCAGAGGCCCCAUGCAUCAGGAACAGUCUCAUUGUGGCAACUGGAUAUGCCAGCCUACAUGAUAUGAAGAUUGAAAUGAAAGCUAACCAUGACACAGAACUGCAUGGUGCAGACACUGGCAGCUUCUCCAAUGCAAUCAACUUCAUAAUCCAUCCUGUGGAGUUUAACUUUGAGUUCCAAAACAAAGGAAAUGCCAAAGUCAACAUUUUCAGAUCCCUGACUGCUAAGAUAGACCUGCAGAAUGAUUACUUGGUCAACUUCAACCAUGACAGCCAAAAAAUGAACACACUCUUCCUGGCUCGCCUCAAUCAGUACAAAAUGCUCACCAACUUUACUCUUGAGAAUGACAAAGAUAAAGCUGGUGUCUUUGUUGCCAUGGAUGGUGAGACUAAUUUGGACUUCCUAAAAUAUCCCAUCAGCAUUCCUGAGAUUGACCUGCCUUUUGUUGAAUUCCAUACUCCAGCUAUCAGUGAUCUGAACCUCUAUGAGCAAACUGGACUGCAGAACAUUUUGACAACUACUGAACAGACUGUUGAUGUGGAUGCCAAGAUUGUUUACCAGAAAAGCAAGGCUGCCCCAAUUGUGAUGGGUCUGAUUCCUUCCAUUGGUAACCUGAUCACAGACCUGUCUUUCAAGUCUGCCAUCAUUAAUCUGAAUGCCAAUGCUGGACUGUUUCCUGAGGAUGAUCUUGUGUUCCGCCUGAGUGCCUCUACUGCCUCUGUGUUUGAGUGUCUGAAAGCCAGAAUUGAUGGUACCACCAGUUUGAGCACGAAGAGGGGAAUCAAGUUGGCCAACUCCCUGUCCCUUGUCAAUGACCACAUUGAAGGCAAUCAUGACAGCUCAUUCACGAUGAGUGCUGAGACCUUUGAAACUGCUGUCUCUGUUGCAACAGUUGGAAAGAUUGUUUCCCCUGUAUUCAACCUGGAAGCAAGCCAAAAUCUUAAUGCAGACACCAAGUCUAAAGCAAACGCUCUCUCCACCUUUAAGAUCAAGGGGGAUAUCAACAUGCCAAUGAUCAAAACUGUUGGCGAGGCCAGUGCAGACCACAAUCUGAAGCUGGAAGGAACCUUUGAAUAUGUUUCCAUGGAGUCAACCAUAAAAACAAGCAUGGGGGGCACAGUAUUUGAAAAUUAUCUGGUUUUAGGAGUCCUGGAUAAUGAAGCUAAUUUCUACUUGAAUAAAGAUGGCCUCCGCUCUACAUCCAAGAUUAUUGGUGAAGCCAGGCUUAACAAUGGAGAGACCAAAGUCCUUAGCAUGGGUGGAAGCAACAAUUUGGCCAUUGAAGCCUCCAUGGGUCGUGUCUAUGUAGACCUAAUGCAUGUUUGCAACAAUGAGGCAAACCUCUUUGACUUCACCACCAAAGGAAAGCAUCUUGCCCAGGCUAAAAUUGACUUUGCACCUAUCUCCUCAUUGAAAGCUGAUUUUGAGAUUGAUAUGACCCAGCCAUGCAGCUUGGGUGAAUUUAAAUUCUUUGAGAAGACUGUUGCUGAAAUGACCCCAUCUAACCAGAAGAUCUCCAAUAAAGUCAAGUUUGUUAGCCCAGUUUACACCACAGAUAUGGAUGUUGAGGUGGAGGGCAAUGCACCAGUCCUCAAGAUUGUGUUUAAAUCCUCUGCCACCUCUGCUUUUGUGGUCUUGGAAUACAACUUGGAUGCUUCCAGCACUCUCAACUUUGAGAAUGACCUUCUGAACAUGGUUAACAAGCUUGUCCUGACACAUACUGACCUGACCAUGGAUGUCAGCCACACCAUUGCUCAAGCCCUAAGGAGAAAGCGUCAAGCUGAUGAAAGUGUCUCUCGCCACACAAUGAAUGUAGACGUCACCAGUCCUACUUUUACUGAUAUGAACCUUCGUUAUGCUGCACACAGAGAUGCUAUUAGUGCUUCAGUUUCUAGUCCUUCUGCUGGCUUCCUUGGCCUUCAAUUUAAUGGAAAAUUCUUGUCCCAGAUGAAUGCCAGAUUGUAUUUCCGUUUGCCUUCUGCCCCAGAAGCUGAUAUUAACAUCCUGGUCAUCAGAACGUCUAAGGAUGCUGAUAAGAUAAACCUGCAAAUUGUCUACGUCAUGGAGUCAAUUGAGGCAAUGCUCAAUGAGCUCAAGGGAAAACUUCCCUCUAUCAUGUCUUCAGCUAAAGCAUUUGCUGACAAGUACCACAUAACAGCGAACUUGGUGAUACUGAGGGACUUUUUCAUUAACUACAUCAACGAAGCCUAUAACAUUGCAACCAACUAUGAUGCUCAAAUGAGCCAGCUGUCAAUUUUCUUCAGGAACACUGUUACUCGGUACCAGAAAACUAUUCAGACCUUCUUUGAUGCUAUCAUUAAGGUAUUUAGGGAGACUCGCUUCAAACUCCCAGGGUCUGGUGAGUUGACCACUCUCCCUGAGCUCCUGAAGAAGCUGACCAGCAGCAUUGCUAAUAUGCUAGGUGUAACAGUCAAAAUGAUCCGUGAGCACACUGAAGAGUAUUACGACUACUUUGUUCAGAAGAUAAGCAAUGUCAAAGUACAAAUGCCAGUUGGUGAUGUGAUUACUGGAGGUCAGGUGAUUGAUCAGGUCAAAAUAACUAUCAGAAAGAUCUCUGAUGAAGUGGUGGACAUUGUGAAAAACAUGGAGAGUCUUGACACUAUGCUAGAAAAGAUUAGUGAGACCCUGAAGGCUGUUGUUGAGAAAACACAGGAAUUUGUUGACACAGUCAAGUCUGACUAUCUAGAUGCAGUGUUCAUGAGCAUUAAUCAAGUCUAUCGUGAGUUUGUGAAAGCCAUUAAGAACAUAGCUGACCAGAUUCCUGCUUUCAGCAUGGAGGAAUUCCAGAGAGUGUGUGAGUCCAUUUUGGACAUGAUCAUAACUAAGAUGGCCAAUAGCAAUUUAGCUGUGAAUCAUAUUUUGCAGCAGGCUUCAGAGGAAACAAAAGAGUACAUUAAAGUUACAGAUGGAAACUUUGAGCUUAACUUUCCAUUUUACUUUCAGCAUUAAGUAACCUCAGCAGACUGGAGGCUAAAGCUUGCAUGAGACGUCACUUUUUCAGCACAAAAAUAUGGACAGUUUAACAAUAUUUAUAGCAAUGUGUGUCAUAGAGACACCUGUUCUACCAUUUUAAUUGUCACAGUUUGUUCCGUUAAAACACUGAACAUGUAAUAUUAAAUGAUACUCAUCUUUCAAACAAAGAGAGUGAGAGAAAAAAUAAAUGCUAUUAAAUACAA